AUGGAGCAAGGGGAGGAGACAAAGCAGGGCGUUGGAGGCUCGGGUGGUUUUAUUUGUCUUGCCUCGGAAGUGACUUCGUUUUCAGACGCGCCACAAGACGCGGGAAGCGAGCAGUCCUUGGCAUCACGCCUUCCUGCAGAAAAGGGCUUGCUCGAAGAAAAAGAAAGACAUACACACGUCGACAGACACCUGCGCGGGGACGCCUCCGUGUCCGGUCUCGACUUGAGGUGUACAGACACCUCAGAGAGUGGAGAGACAGCGCAGAAUGUGGCGUGGCCGCGCGAAGCGCUCGCCGAGGAGAGCCACGAAGAGGACGGAUAUGUGCAAGUUGCGGAAGGAACAGGCGUGGGGGCCGCAGUGCCAAAGGAAAGCAACGAAGGUGGAGAAACUGAGAGAAAGGAGAUUGAGAAGACAAGGCCCGGUGAGAAGAGCACGUGUGUAGGGAACCGUUCCCACAGGCUGCAAGCGGGGGACAGUUCCUCUCGUGACCGAGGCUUUCUCUCUGGAAGCGCCGAUGCUCCACACCACAGUCCUGAACCCCCUGAGGCGGCAUUUGUGGCAGGGGCGUCGACAACGAAGAUCUCUGCUUCGCCCUCACCCCUCACGCCUUUGGAGGCAACGACUCCUUCCUCGCCUCCCUCUUCUCAAACCUCCUCGACAGGUGUCUCCGUGGCAGACAUCUCUGCUCCGGGGCGGCUUCCUUCUCUUUCUUCUGCGUCUCCGUCUGCGCCGUCUGCGCCUCCCGCUGGGGACGCGAGCGACGACGUUUCUGCCUUCUUCACGAUCGAAGUGCACGGGGACGUCUCUCUCGAGUCAGAGAUUCUCUCUUCUUUCUCCAGCUCUGGGGGAGAGAACUUCCGGCGCGCCGUCGAGGCAGAGACUGCGCGCUGGCACGUGCAGAGUCCAGGACUCGGGGCUGCCUACGCCCUGCUGCAUGCGCGUCUCUUUUCCAGGCUCCUUUCUCUCGGCGCUCUUCGGCGCUCUGGCGACUCAAGGCCAGAGGCGAAGCGGCGAAAACUCGCCGAAGAUCCCCCCCCCCUCCAAGAGAGGGGACGGCUCGAAGCGGCAACCGCCGCGCAGGGGGAAGCAAACGAACAGCGACGCGCUUCUUUCUCUUGUCCAUGCGAAGGCGAGCACUACGAGCUCUGCGGAGACGUCUUGGCCGGCGUCGUUCGAGAUGCUCAGCUCUCUGCCGCCCGCGAGUGCCAGGGCGGAUGGGCCAACUGCAUUCGCCGCGUGUUUGCGCGCUCUGGAGCCGAAAAGGAAAACCGUUACUUCUUCGAAGACGGCAGUCCCGCGCUGGGGGGAAGGCGACCCUUGCUGCCUGUCUUCAGCGAGGCGCCGCUCUCCGAAGGCCGAAAACGCGCCCAGACUGGAGGCUCCAGCGAGACGGAAACAAAAGACGAGAAACCCCUGGAACAAACAAAGAAACGCGACGGCAACGCCCCGACACCUUCAGGAGAGACGAACGGCGAGGAGUCUGUUGAGACGGAAGCGGUGGCUGCAGCGCUUUCUUCGCUGAGUCACGGUUCUUCGCUGCCUUCCGACGUCGAUCAGCCGUUCUGCGCCCUGCGUCGGAACGGAGAGAGCAGAGAUCCUUUGUCCUUCACGUGGAGAGACUGGGAGAUGCACCACCGCUUCGUGCUCGCGAGUCACCAGAGUUCGAUGUCGAUUUGUUUUUUUUGCGGCCGGCGGGCGUGUCCGCGCUCCGAGAAUUCGAGAAUUGCAUGCCCAGCGUCUCGGUGUGAGCAGUGCUGCCAGCGCGGCCACAGAGCGUUUCGUUCAACUUGCAAUCGGUCGCUUGCACUUCUCCACCGCAUCGAGGAGGCAUUCGAGGCAAGGUUCGCCGCGUCGAUGAGGGAAGACCGCCAAGACAUUCGCUGCGUGCAGUGCGGCGGCUCAGGACAUUUCAUUUGCGGAGAGGCGCCCGCCAGUGAGGGGUGA